AUGAAGGAACUGGCCUGUUUGGCCUACAGGCUGCAAAAAGGGGAAUCAACAGAGGCCAGUCAUCACCCCCACCCCUACCCUGGAAGCCCCACACUGCUGACUUUCCAUUCUUCAGAUCACUUCAACCACAUCAGGGCAGUCAUUGGAUGCAAGUUCAUCGGGAUUGGCGGAGAUUAUGACGGGGCUGGCCAGUUCCCACAGGGGCUGGAGGACGUGUCCAUAUACCCGGUACUGAUAGAGGAGUUGCUGGGGCAUGGCUGGAGUGAGGAAGAGCCCUGGGGUGUGCUUCGAGGAAACGUGCGGCGGGUCUUCGGACAGGUGAAACAGGUACAGGAGGAGAACGAGGGACAGAGUCCCUUGGAGGAUGAGUUCCCAGAUGAGCAGCUGGGCAGCUCUUGCCGCUCCGUCCUCCCACGUCUGCAUCAGAGAGAGGAUCUGGCUCCAGACCAGAAACUAACCAGAGCUGCGGUUCAUGGGAAUCCCAUUUUGUCACCUAAGUGGUCAUUCUCAAAAUCUUGCCGCCACAUGGGCCCAGGCCCCACAGUUAUUGCUGCCUUCCCAGUCCUCAUUGUUUGGCUCUGGUGA